GGAGGAAAAUACCCACCAAAACAAAUCAAAUCAUGAGGAAGCCUGAUCCUUCGGCGGGGAAGAGCAUUGGUGGAGCCACCAAGCUGAGGAAGGGGUUGUGGUCGCCAGAGGAGGAUGAAAAGCUCAUGAACUACAUGCAAAACAACGGGCAAGGUUGCUGGACCGACGUAGCCAGAAAUGCCGGCCUGCAGCGGUGUGGGAAGAGCUGCCGCCUUCGGUGGAUCAAUUACCUUAGGCCUGACCUCAAGCGCGGCGCCUUCUCUCCCCAAGAGGAAGAGCUUAUCAUCCAUUUGCAUUCCAUUCUAGGCAACAGGUGGUCCCAAAUUGCGACAAGUUUGCCGGGAAGAACAGACAAUGAAAUCAAGAACUUCUGGAAUUCAACCAUAAAGAAAAGGCUAAAGAUCGUCACUACUUCCACGCCCUCACCAAACAGCAGUGACUCCUCGUCGGAGGCGAAGGACCAUCAAGCCAUGGCCCGAGGAUUCAUGUCCAUGAAAGAACAAGGGUUCGUGCCCAUGUACAUGCAAUCUAUGGCCCUGAAUCACACUACCGGUGGUGCCUCACCCAUGUUUCAGCACAACCUCAACAUGUUUGGCUCUGCAGGAAGGUACCUCAAUCCAGCAGCCACGAGCAUGGCACAAGUUGGGGUAAACAAUAGUUUCUAUGCAGAAAAUGGGAUGUUUGGAGGUGUUGAAAUAGGGUUAGAAAGGGACAUCUAUGUCCCUCCUCUGAAGAGUAUAAGCAUUAAUAUUGAAGAACAAAACCCUAAAACUGAAAAUACAUAUGAUAGGAGUAGUAACAAUGUUAAUAAUCUAAUUAACUGUGUUAGCAGCAGCAACUUUAACAAUGAUAAAACAGAGAACAUGACAAGUGUUGGGAAUUUUUGGGUAGGAGAAGAGCUGAAAAUUGGGGAAUGGGACCUAGAGGAUUUCAUGAAGGAUGUUCCUUUCUUCCCUCUUGAUUUUCAAGUUCAAUAACUUGCUCCUAAAUUACGCACUUACCCCUCCAAACGUUUAUACUUCUUUCCCCCUUUUUUUCCCCAAAAAUAAUAAUUCUCCACACGUCCUAGUCAUAGAAACCUUACAAAAGGAUAUGUUUUUAGAGUUACCAAACAUUUUCCUUGAGACGUCUAGAGGGUUUCUGGUUUUUAUAUAUGAUUUUGUUCCUCAAAUAUAUGAACUUUUAGUUAGGAAUAGAUAUAAUAAGAGGUCACGAUCUUGUCUCUUAUGAAGAGGCAAGUGGCACUUUGUUCAUUUACCGAGCAAUGGAUACCUCAAAAAUAGUUGUCAUGUGCUUUGUGAAAUAAUAUGUGAAUAGCCAUGGAACAGUAUAGUGGAGAAGGACAUCAAGACGUUAUAGUAGUUUGGUGUGUAAAUGUUUAGUUAAUUUCAGAAUUGGGGAUGUACAAAUGAUGAUAAAGAUAUAUCUAUAUAUAUAGACUCACUCUUUCUCUCUUCCAAUAUCUCUUUCAAUUUCGGUUUCAACAUGUACUCAUGAACUUGUAAGCACGCAACAAUCUUGGUCAUGCCGGAAAUUAUCUUCCUUCUAAAGGAAGAAACACCCUUAACUUUU